AUGUGCUUUAGGCAGAGAACAAUAGCUCUUAAAGGGCACAUAACACUAGGUUUCUUUGAUGAUAUAUUCAUCCCGUCUGCCAAUCUUCAGCAUCCGUCUCGUUUCGAUGAAGCCGAACAAGUCUGGAUUUGGGAGUACGACAACAACGGGGACAAACACGAUCUUUUCAUGGACCAGGGCGAGCUCAUCAAGUUCCGAGUCGCUUCGGAGACUUUCAUCGAGACAUCGCCUGUCACGACGACAGAAGCGGACAAAACCGCAGAGCAGACCAACGCAGAAGUCCCUUACUCUAUAACUGCGACAAUCAACGAACCUGGUCUCGGCUUGUUAUCAUGGUGGGAAGGAUCAUAA